GUCCAGAGUAGGGUUUUAGAAUAAAGGGUUUGUCUUCUUCCUCCGUCGUCGUGCCUCUGCAACUCGGAGCAAUUUACGGCGGCGAAGAAAUGCCUCGAAUCAUCACCAACGAGACUUACGGUUGCCCUCCGAUCCGUGCUUUAACCUUUGAUUCUCUCGGUUUAAUCAAAGUGACUGAAGCUCGGGGUAAAGAGAGAGGAACUCCGACCGUAGUGAAUACAUGGGGCGAGACGAAUGCAUCCAGAUGCGUUCUUGCCGCUUCUAUUGAUGAUCGGCUAAGUAAUCCGCUUUUGGCUGUGGCAAGAAAAGAUGGCAGCGUUGAGGUUCUUAAUCCUUGUAAUGGUGAUCUUCACUUUGCAUACUCUGUAUUUGGUGAUGACGGUUCUUCACCUGAGGAUGACGAAAUCUCUGGCCUUCACUUAUUCAGAAAACAAAGUGACUAUCAGGCAGAAAGGUCUUGCUCAUUGCUUACAUGCACGAAAAAGGGAGAUGUGAGUCUCAGAUCAGUUAAAUUCCCCGAUGCACAUGCUGAUUCCACGGAUGACGCUGCUCCCAAAACUUGGAAAGCAUGUGGUUCUGGUGAACUGUUGGUUGGUAAAGUGGAUGGGAGCGAAAACUUCGGCUUAUUUGGAGGGAAACGCGUUGAAGUCAAUAUAUGGGAUCUUGAACAAUGUACUAAGAUCUGGAGUGCGAAAUCACCUCCUAAAGACAAUCUCGGGAUCUUCACACCCACCUGGUUCACUUGUGCUGCAUUCUUGAGCAACGAAGAUCACCGUAAAUUUGUCACGGGAACCAAGUCUCACCAGGUUCGUCUAUAUGAUGUUUCUGCUCAACGUAGACCGGUCCUGUCCUUUGAUUUCCGUGAGACCGCCAUUACAGCAAUCUCUGAAGACCCAGACGGUCAUACUAUCUAUGUCGGGAAUGCUUCUGCUGACCUCGCUUCCUUCGAUAUAAGAACAGGAAAGCUGUUGGGAAGCUUUUUAGGCAAGUGUUCUGGAAGCAUAAGAUCUGUGGUUAGACAUCCACAGCAACAAGUGAUAGCUUCUUGCGGGUUAGAUCGAUAUUUACGGGUUUAUGACGUGAAGACACGCCAGCUCAUCUCUGCGGUUUUCUUGAAGCAGCACCUUACAGGUCUUGUAUUCGACUCAGGCUUUAGUGGAGAAGAUAUAGCUGUAGCAAACACAGUGGUUGAGGCUGAAUCAGAAGAGAACAUGACAAUCAUGGAGCAGGAAGAUGAGGAGGAGCAGAACGAGGAUAGAUUAGAGGAGGCUCCUGUGAAGAAGAAGAAGUCAAAGAAAGAUAAACGCAGUAGAGAAGAAGUCUCUGGGGGUGAAGAGAUAGACGAGGUAAGAAGCAAGAAGACACGAGAUCACAAGAAGAAAUCCAAGAAAGUGAAACACAUUCAAGAAGAGUAGUUUUAAGUUUUUGAUAGACAUUAUUGUACUUUGCUCUAAUCUGAGCUAGCAGUUUUGUUUGAACAACACAUUAAAAAAAAAAAGUAUUGGCUAUUUAGAUU